AUGGCUGAUGGAGAAAUGGAAUGCUUUGGCUUGGCAGCCAUCUACCUCCGUAAACCAGAGAAGGAGAGGAUUGAAGCCCAGACAAAACCUUUCGAUGCCAAAACUGCAGUGUUUGUGGCUGAACCGGCAGAGAUGUACGUCAAGGGUACACUGAUAAGCAAAGACGGUAGCAAAGCCACUGUUGAAACUUUGGAUGGCAAAAUCCUUACAGUUAAGGAAGAUGUCAUUUUCCCUAUGAAUCCUCCCAAGUUUGACAAAAUUGAGGACAUGGCCAUGAUGACCCACCUCAACGAAGCCACUGUGCUGUAUAACCUCAAAGAGCGUUAUGCAGCAUGGAUGAUCUAUACCUACUCUGGGUUGUUCUGCGUCACAGUGAACCCCUACAAGUGGCUCCCAGUGUAUGACGCCGUCGUUGUUACUGGAUACAGAGGAAAGAAGAGAGUUGAAGCCCCACCUCACAUCUUCUCCAUCUCUGAUAACGCCUAUCAGUUCAUGCUCACUGACCGUGAGAAUCAAUCUAUCCUUAUCACUGGAGAAAGUGGUGCAGGAAAGACUGUGAACACAAAACGUGUCAUUCAGUACUUUGCAACAAUUGCAGUGUCUGGUCAGAAAAAGGCAGAGCCUACUUUUGGCAAAAUGCAGGGUUCACUUGAGGAUCAAAUUAUCGCAGCCAACCCCCUGCUGGAGGCUUAUGGUAAUGCCAAGACUGUCAGAAAUGACAACUCCUCUCGUUUUGGCAAAUUCAUCAGAAUUCAUUUUGGAUCCUCUGGGAAGCUGGCUUCAGCUGAUAUUGAAACAUAUCUGCUGGAAAAAUCAAGAGUCACCUUCCAGCUGUCUGCUGAGAGAAGCUACCACAUUUUUUAUCAGCUCAUGACUGGACACAAGCCAGAACUGCUUGAGGCACUGCUCAUAACUACCAACCCCUAUGAUUACCCUGUCAUCAGCCAGGGGGAAAUUAUAGUGAAAAGCAUUAACGAUGUAGAGGAGUUUGUUGCUACAGAUACAGCCAUUGACAUCCUUGGUUUCAGCGCUGAUGAGAAAAUGAACAUCUACAAGUUGACCGGUGCUGUGAUGCAUCAUGGAAACAUGAAGUUCAAACAAAAGCAGAGGGAGGAGCAGGCUGAGCCCGAUGGCACUGAGGUUGCUGAUAAAAUCGCCUACCUCAUGGGCCUGAACUCAGCUGACAUGCUGAAAGCUUUGUGCUACCCCAGAGUCAAAGUCGGAAAUGAGUUUGUGACCAAAGGCCAGACUGUACCUCAGGUGAACAAUGCCGUCAUGGCCCUCUGCAAGUCUGUCUAUGAGAAAAUGUUCUCGUGGAUGGUCAUCCGUAUCAAUGAGAUGUUGGACACAAAGCAGCCAAGACAAUUCUUCAUCGGUGUGCUGGAUAUCGCUGGGUUUGAGAUCUUUGAUUUCAACAGCUUGGAGCAGCUCUGCAUUAACUUCACAAAUGAGAAACUGCAACAGUUUUUCAACCACCACAUGUUCGUGCUGGAACAAGAGGAGUACAAGAAAGAAGGCAUUGAUUGGGAGUUCAUUGACUUUGGUAUGGACUUGGCUGCCUGCAUUGAGCUUAUUGAGAAGCCAAUGGGCAUCUUCUCCAUCCUUGAAGAGGAGUGCAUGUUCCCCAAAGCCACAGACACGUCCUUCAAGAACAAGCUUCACGACCAGCACCUUGGAAAAAGUGCUGCUUUCCAAAAGCCAAAGCCUGCCAAAGGCAAAGCUGAGGCCCACUUCUCCCUGGUGCACUAUGCCGGCACUGUGGACUACAACAUUGUCGGCUGGUUGGACAAAAACAAGGAUCCACUGAACGACUCUGUUGUGCAGCUGUACCAGAAGUCAGCAAACAAACUUCUGGCCUUCCUGUAUGCUGGUCAUGCUACUGCUGAUGAUACUAGCACAGGUGGUAGUGGCAAGAAGAGUGGCAAGAGGAAGGGAGGUUCCUUCCAAACUGUGUCAGCUUUAUUCAGAGAAAACCUUGGCAAACUGAUGACCAACCUGAGAAGCACUCACCCUCAUUUUGUACGCUGCUUGAUUCCAAAUGAGUCCAAGACUCCAGGUCUGAUGGAGAAUCACCUCGUCAUCCACCAGUUGAGGUGUAAUGGUGUGCUUGAGGGUAUCAGAAUAUGCAGAAAGGGAUUCCCCAGCAGAAUCCUCUAUGGUGACUUUAAGCUGAGAUACAAAGUCUUGAAUGCCAGUGUCAUCCCAGAGGGACAGUUCAUUGACAACAAGAAGGCUGCAGAGAAACUCUUAGCCUCCAUUGAUGUGGAUCACAGCCAAUAUAAGUUUGGGCACACCAAGGUGUUCUUUAAAGCCGGUCUGUUGGGUACUCUUGAGGAGAUGCGAGAUGAAAAACUUGCAAAUCUAGUAACCAUGACUCAGGCUUUGUGCCGUGGCUACCUCAUGAGGAAGGAGUUUGUCAAAAUGAUGAAAAGAAGGGAAUCAAUCUUUUCUAUUCAAUACAACAUCCGCUCAUUCAUGAAUGUGAAACACUGGCCAUGGAUGAAGCUGUACUUCAAGAUCAAGCCUCUUCUCAAGAGUGCAGAGACUGAGAAGGAAAUGGCUGCCAUGAAGGAGAACUAUGAGAAAAUGAAGGAGGAUCUGGCAAAGGCACUCGCCAAGAAAAAGGAGCUUGAGGAGAAGAUGGUGUCUCUGCUACAGGAGAAAAAUGACCUGCAACUCCAAGUAGCAGCUGAAACCGAGAACCUUUCAGAUGCAGAGGAAAGGUGUGAGGGGCUCAUCAAGAGCAAGAUCCAACUUGAGGCUAAACUCAAAGAGUCAAAUGAGAGACUUGAGGAUGAGGAGGAAAUCAAUGCCGAGCUGACUGCCAAGAAGAGGAAACUGGAGGAUGAGUGCUCUGAGCUGAAGAAGGACAUUGAUGACCUGGAGCUCACCUUGGCCAAAGUGGAAAAGGAGAAACGUGCCACUGAAAACAAGGUCAAGAACCUCACUGAGGAGAUGACCUCGCUAGAUGAGUGCAUUACCAAGCUCACUAAGGAAAAGCAAGCACUACAAGAGGCACACCAGCAGACUCUGGAUGAUCUCCAGGCAGAGGAAGACAAAGUCAACAUGUUGACAAAAUCCAAGAUCAAACUUGAACAACAAGUGGAUGAUCUUGAAGGUUCACUGGAACAAGAGAAGAAAUUCCGCAUGGACCUUGAGAGAGCCAAAAGAAAACUUGAAGGAGAAAUUAAACUAGCUCAAGAAAAUAUAAUGGAUCUGGAGAAUGAUAAGCAGCAGGCUACGGAGAAGAUUAAGAAGAAGGAUUUUGAAACAAGCCAACUUCUAAGCAAAAUUGAGGAUGAGCAGUCUGUGAGUGCUCAACUUCAGAAGAAGAUUAAGGAACUGCUGUCACGCAUUGAAGAGUUGGAAGAAGAAAUUGAGGCUGAGCGUGCAGCUCAUGCUAAAGUUGAGAAGCAGAGAUCUGAUCUCUCCAGGGAACUUGAGGAGAUCAGUGAGAGGCUCGAGGAAGCUGGAGGUGCCACUGCUGCUCAGAUCGAGAUGAACAAGAAGCGUGAGGCCGAGUUCCAGAAACUUCGUCGUGAUCUGGAAGAGUCCACUCUGCAGCAUGAAGCCACGGCUGCUGCCCUCCGCAAGAAACAAGCUGACAGUGUUGCUGAGCUUGGAGAACAGAUCGACAACCUUCAGCGUGUCAAGCAGAAGCUGGAGAAGGAAAAGAGUGAAUACAAAAUGGAGAUAGAUGACCUGGCCAGUAACAUGGAGGCUGUGGCAAAAUCAAAGGCUAAUCUGGAGAAAAUGUGCAGAACCCUUGAGGACCAACUUGGGGAAAUCAAAGCAAAAUAUGAGGAAAAUGUUCGGCAGCUUAAUGACACAUGUUAUCAAAAAGCUAGACUUGCAACUGAAGCUGAUGAACUUAAACAUCAGCUAGAGGAGAAAGAUGUGUUGGUUUCUCAACUAUCCAGAGGAAAGCACAACUACACUCAGCAGAUUGAAGUGCUCCAAAGAAACAUUGAAGAGGAAGUGAAGGCAAAGAAUGCCCUGGCUCAUGCUGUUCAAUCAGCUCGUCAUGACUGCGAUCUGCUCAGAGAACAGUUUGAGGAAGAGCAGGAGGCCAAGGCUGAGCUUCAGCAUGCGAUGUCUAAGGCCAAUAGCGAGGUGGCUCAGUGGAAAACAAAAUAUGAGACUGAUGCCAUCCAACGUACUGAGGAGCUCGAGGAGGCCAAGAAAAAGCUCGCUCAGCGACUCCAAGAGGCAGAGGAAACCAUUGAAGCUGUGAACUCCAAAUGUGCUUCUCUGGAGAAGACCAAGCAAAGGCUGCAAGGUGAGGUGGAGGACCUCAUGAUUGAUGUGGAGAGAACCAAUGCCUUUGCAGCCAACCUUGACAAAAAGCAGAGAAACUUUGACAAGAUCCUGACAGAAUGGAAGCAAAAGUAUGAAGAAGGCCAGGCUGAACUAGAGGGAAGUCAGAAAGAGGCUCGCUCUCUUAGCACCGAACUCUUUAAAAUAAAGAAUUCAUUUGAGGAAUCCCUUGAUCAUUUGGAGACAUUAAAAAGAGAGAACAAGAAUCUACAACAGGAGAUCUCUGACCUGACUGAGCAGCUUGGGGAAAAUGGAAAGACCAUCUAUGAGCUAGAGAAAGCAAAAAAGUCGGUGGAGUCAGAGAAAUCAGAAAUCCAGAUCGCCCUUGAGGAGGCCGAGGGCACUCUUGAGCAUGAGGAAUCCAAGAUCCUUCGUGUUCAGCUCGAGCUCAACCAGGUUAAAAGCGAGACUGACAGAAAACUUGCUGAGAAGGAUGAGGAAAUGGAACAGAUCAAGAGAAACAGUCAGAGGGUCAUUGAGUCCAUGCAGACCACUCUGGACUCUGAGAUCAGGAGCAGGAAUGAUGCUCUCAGAAUCAAGAAGAAAAUGGAGGGAGAUCUGAACGAGCUGGAGAUUCAGUUGAGCCAUGCAAACCACCAGGCUGCUGAGACCCAGAAACAGCUCAGGAUUGUUCAUGGACAACUUAAAGAUUACCAACUGCACCUUGACGAGGCUGUCAGAGGACAGGAAGACAUGAAGGAGCAGGUGGCCAUGGUAGAGCGCAGGAAUAAUCUGAUGCUGGCAGAAAUCGAGGAACUGAGAGUUGCACUGGAGCAAACAGAGAGAGGCCGCAAAGUGGCUGAACAGGAGCUGGUUGAUGCCAGUGAGCGUGUAACACUGCUGCACUCUCAGAAUACAAACCUAAUUAAUACUAAGAAGAAGCUUGAGGCUGACCUGAUCCAAAUACAGGGUGAGGUGGAUGAGUCCAUCCAGGAGGCAAGAAAUGCUGAAGAGAAGGCCAAGAAGGCCAUCACAGAUGCUGCCAUGAUGGCAGAGGAGUUGAAAAAGGAGCAAGACACCAGUGCUCAUCUGGAGAGAAUGAAGAAGAACCUUGAGACUACAAUCAAGGAUCUCCAGCAUCGUCUGGAUGAGGCAGAGAACCUCGUCAUUAAGGGUGGAAAAAAGCAGCUCCAGAAACUGGAGGCUAGGAUACAUGAGCUGGAGGGUGAGGUCGAUGUUGAGCAGAGACGUGGCGCUGAAGCCAUCAAAGGUCUCCGAAAAUAUGAGAGGAGAAUGAAGGAGCUCACCUACCAGACUGAAGAAGACAAGAAAAAUGUUAACAGACUGCAGGAUCUGAUCGACAAACUUCAGCUGAAGGUGAAGGCCUACAAGAAGCAGGCUGAGGAGGCUGAGGAGCAGGCCAACACUCACCUGUCCAAGUUCAGGAGAGUGCAGCACGAGCUGGAGGAGGCUCAGGAACGUGCAGACAUCGCUGAGACCCAGGUCAACAAGCUGAGGGCCAAGAGCAGAGACAUUGGAAAGGGCAAGGAUCCUGAGUAAAGAAGUAAAAAAUAUGGAACUGGUCAAUGCAUAAAGUAUGUUAACAUUUUUGUAAUGCUAUUAUAAUAAAGACCUGCAAUUCCA